AGACGGAGCUUUACUGCUUCCACCGUACUAUGGUAUUCGCGCGUCCCCUCCAGCGUACACUCAUCCGCACAUCCCUCCUCCGUUCGCAUUUCCAUGUUAACCACUGUCUUCUUGCAGCACGGAAAAGCUUGCGUACCUUCAAGCUUGCUGAUAUUGGGGAGGGCAUCACAGAGUGUGAAAUCAUACGGUGGGCGGUGAAGGAACAGUCGGAUGUUCAGUCGUUUGACCCGUUAUGUGAGGUGCAAAGUGACAAGGCCAGCGUUGAAAUCACGUCUCCUUAUGAUGGCGUCGUCAAACAAUUCCUUGUAGGCGAAGGAGAGGUAGCAAAGGUUGGACAAGGGCUAUGUCUCAUUGAAGUAGAAGACGAAGACGAUACCACUGGUGUGGAGAUCACGGAGACGACGGACCGAUCCCCUGUCCAGCAGCCGAUCCAGACGAAAGAUAAUACUCGAACGAAGGCACCUCAGUCGACACACGAUCCCCGGCAAAGGCAUCCUCUAGACCCGGCCAAUGUCGCAACCGGAACUACUGAUCAUGUGCUAGCUACACCUUCUGUACGUCACUUUGCGCGUCAACACGGAGUCGAUCUUGCGGCGAUCGCUCCGGGCAGUGGACGCGAUGGGCGAGUGGAGAGAAAGGACGUCGAGGCUUAUAUAUCAAGUAUACCUGUACCGGAAGAAGUUGAGGCUACACCGAGACAGGAAGGGGAUGCAGUAGUUGACCUGGGAAGAACGCGAUAUGGAAUGUGGAAAGCGAUGGUACAAAGUCUUGAGAUACCCCGUUUCGGAUACUCCACUUCACUUGACCUUACACGUUUCCACGGCCUACUGCCCAUACUCAAUGCCCAUAUCCCAGCACACUACUUGCCUUCGUCGUCAACCCAAUCAUCUUCGCGCGUAUCUCAUAUGGUCAACCCUUUUGCGCUGUAUCCGGUGCCGCAGCCUCCCUCCGUGCCCGAGAGCGGCAGGUUUUCAAAGAUGACCUACCUCCCAUUCCUCCUGAAGACAUUGGCGAUCUCCAUGAUGGAAUGGCCGCUCUUCCGGGCUUCCAUCACACCGGUUACAGCCCAGGAAACCAACAACAAGCCCACAUUGACAAUCCGGCCAACUGCUGACCUUGCACUGGCACUCUCCACCCCGACAGGACUGUAUACUCCCACAAUUUCUUCUACACAGUCUCUUUCCCUACACGCUCUUGCUUCUCGUGUCACUCACCUCGCUCAUCUUGGUCGCCAGGUCCCAUGUGGACUUGCUGUCAAAGAUAUGCCGAGACGUGGUGGCACAAUAAGCGUGUCGAAUGUUGGAGCGGUAGGCAAGGGCGAAGGCGCAAGCCCUGUCUUAGUUCCAGGAGGUGGCGUUGCAAUUGUGGCAAUCGGGAGGGCAAAAUGGGUGUGGGAUGUGAGCGACGAAUUCUACCGUCCGAAUGAGGGCAUGGAGGGUGCGCGAAGGUUGAAGAUCGACGUGAGCUGGAGCGCAGAUCACCGCGUAGUUGAAGGUGCAGAACUUGCUGCUUUCGUUGAGACUUGGCGUGGAUGGGUCGAAAACCCAGAACGACUAAUUGCAGAGGCCACUUGAGCUCGGCUCGGUCAGCUAGGUGACUUGUACUACAUACUGUAUUUUUAUUGCAACCCGAAUGUCAUUCUACCAUAGGAUAUGCAUGGAUACCUUGUAGAUGGUGUACACCCACUCCAGGUAGCAUCAACCUGAAUAUCGAAGGCUGACGUUGAGUGACGUCUGCAUAUACCCAGCGGCUCUGGAAAGAACAGGUCAGUUGCAUGAAACAGUAUGCACACAUUCAUCUCUUCCAUCCCUUUCCAUAGGAAGUUUUAGACCAGUAACGAAUACUACUUUUUCGCGGAAAACCGAACACUGUCAAGCUUGCAGCUUGCACG